GUAAAGAGCAUGAUCCUCAUUGAACUCUAUUUAGACAUAUAUCAUGGCUUCGGCCUUCUCUUGUUUUUUCUCAGCUCUUCGUUGCACUUAGUUUACUUAAUUUGCCCCCCUAACAAGAGCAGAAGUGACAACUUACAAAAUACAAGGAGUUAAUUAAUCAGCUUCCCCUGUUUUUAUUUUAAUCUUUCACUGGCAGACAAGUACAUAAUAAUAUGUCUGCAGCUUACCAGUGAGAAACAAGCGGGAGCCUUCCAAGAAAUCCUAACUCUCCUUCACUAUAAAAACAAACAACACAAUAACAUGUUUCAGAGCAAGCUAUAGAGACUGAUUAAGAUAACAGAUGAACACAGGAUAACAAGAAGAAGUCAGUUAAUUAUGACGUACCCCAAUUGAUAUACUUAAGUCCAAUAUUAGAACCAAAACAAUGUGUAGCUUUCUAACUCAAAAGAGAAGAUACAACAGUUCAGAUAAGAGGAUGAUGUUCAACUUACAUUGUCGAAUUUUGGUUCAUAGUGAUUUUUCUCUCUAUGGAGACAUGAUGGAGAAAUGCUUCACUAUAUCUUCUGGUUGUUAAUUUAAUCAUUUACUGUGGGUGUCAUCAGAUAAUAAUAUUAAUCUCUGGCGAAGAAACAAAAACGGUGAAAACAAAAAAAAUAAAUAGAUAGCCCCAUAGGAAUUUGAUUUGAUGAUCUGAAGAUAAAGAGAUGUAUAUAAUCGUCAACUAGUAAAUCUUCGUACGCGUUGCGUUAACAAACACUUCCAAAACAGGAAAUAGAAGGGUAAAAUCGUCAAUUUAAUAACAAACAAAGUUCCUUUUUCGACAUUGCAAUACUAGUUAGUGAGAGUCGAGCUAUCUAUAAAAACAGAAACAAAAAGUGAGAUCACCAGUUCUGUUCGUUACUACUAUUAUAAUAACUCUUCUCUCUUUGGUCUAUGACUAUGAUCAAACUAGGUGUUUUCGUUGUCUUACUCGUUUUCUUUCUCGCGGGAGUUGUUACACUUUCUCAAGGGUUUAUAGAGACCAAUCACACAGAGAAAGCAAAAGUGUGGCGUUUCAGAGACAAACCAUCCAUGAAGUUCGUCAAGUUUCUAGGCAAAGGUUCAUACGGCUCCGUCCACCUCUACCGUCACACAACACACGAUGGCUCAACCUCCUUCAUCGCCACGAAGAUCUCCUCGGACCGUCGGACUAUCCAAAGAGAGUUUCGAGUACUCUCCCAGCUCAAAGGAUCUCCUAGGAUCGUGCGAGUGUUUAGCCGUUCUCUCCACGAACGACUCGACAGAAUCGGAAACAGAGUCUACGAGAUACCUAUGGAAUACGCUUCUGCAGGUACUCUUUCCAGUUUCAUCCGUGCUAACAAACAGUUGAAUGAUUCGACCGUCAAAGAUUUUACUAGGAUGAUACUUCAAGGUUUGGUCUCGGUUCAUAGUGACGGUUAUGUUCACUGCGAUCUUAAACCGGGCAAUCUCCUUCUCUUUCCGGUUUAUGAUCAUCAGCAAACAUCGACUAAUCACACUUAUGAACUGAAGAUUGCGGAUUUUGGAUUGGCGUUGAAGGAAGGAGAGGAAGAAUCCGAUAAUAGGAAGUACCAUUCUCCCUAUGUGGGAACUCCUUUCUACAUGUCUCCCGAGUCUGUCCGUGAUGGUACUGUCGGGAAAGCCCUAGAUUUAUGGUCCUUGGGUUGCAUUGUUCUCGAGAUGUACACUGGUAAGCGUCCGUGGUCAGAGGUUAGUUUUUAUGAUCUUGAAUAUUUUUUAGGGGAGGACAAAAAGGUACCUGAGAUUCCAGACACUGUGCCGUCUGAUGCAAGGCAGUUUCUGGACAAGUGUUUUGCAGUGAAACCUGAAGAUAGAGGAACCGCUUCCGAGUUGUUGUUGCAUCCGUUUCUGGUCGGAGAUGAUAAGAAGACUGUUUGAUGACACCAUCAUGCUAAAUUAGAAGAUAAUGCUACUAGAAACAAGGCAUUGAAAGUGAGGAUUAUUUCAUUGAAGCUCCCACUGUUUAAAAGAGUAUACAAUAAACCCCUAAAGCUGAAGAUUCUUCCUCCAAGACCUCCAAGUUCCACUUUUGUUCCCGUUCAUUAGAGUUUAAUUACUGGAAAAGCAUUAUUAGUAAAUAACUAAAUACCACUGUAACAAAUGUUUAUUCUUUUUUUUUUUUGCAAUUUCUAUUUGUAAUUGAUAUCAGUAUAAUUCCACUUUUUCUAUGUCCAGUUUAAAGUUAAUACCCCAAGAACAGACUACAGAUGUUUCUAGUAUAUUAAACGAUCAUAUCUUAAAAGAUGUUCUCAGACAAUAGUCAAUAUAGCCUUUAAGUACGUAGUUGGAACGAGUCAUGUCAUUAUAGUGCAAUAUGCAAAUAACAUGCACAUAUGCUAAUAACGCCCAACCAGUACUGUGUUAGUAGGAAAACAAAAAACCUCAGAAGAAUGUGUUUUUCCUAGAGCAAACGUUUUUGUGUGUUUU